CAGAAAAUUCGACCAAUAGGAAUGCAUCAUUAAUUGGUUUGGGCUUUUGGUGGUUUUGGUAUGUAGUUUGGGCUGUUUAGGUGUAGCCCAUUUUCUGGAAUGAUGUGUAUGUGUUCUUCGCCACAAGCAGCUGUCUCCGUCUUGUCUUUCGUAGCCCUAAUUUUUUUCCCCGUACCUUUGCGACUUCCAUCUCUUCAGUUUCUCAUCUCCACCACUAAAUCACCACUAACUGAAUCCUUGAUUAAACUCAUUCAAUGGAUUCCUUUCACCUUCUUCUCUGUUUUUCUAUAUAUAAAUCUCUUUUCCUAUUUUAUCUUUCCAUCCAAGUUGAAAAGACUCUCAGAAACUCAUCCCGAUGGAAUCCACCGGCAACUCAUCCAUCUCCGGCGAUCGCAAAGCCAGCAAGAAGACCGUCGCCUCCUCUACGACUGCGAAACCAAACGGGAAAUCCCCUGUUUCGUCUAGAAAUUUGAUGAACCCAAACACUGUUACCGCUCUGUCCUCCGCGCAUGCAAACCAAGUGAUGUUCUUCAGAGAUGUUUCACUCGGCCCACGCGAAGCCGAGUUGAGGUUUCAUCUGAUUCACUUAUGGGAGGCUCGAAAUAUAUACACGAAAACCUUGAUUGGACAAGAGAUGCUCCUUAUCGACGAAGAGGUUUGUCAACGUCUUUAUCUUCCCUCUCUAUUUUUGUCUUGAAUAGUGUUUUUGAUUUAAUAUUAGUCGUUUAGAUAUUUUCUCCGAGUCUUGCUUUCAAUAGAUCUGAUUAAUUUUUUUGUGUUUCUGAAUUUAUAUUUGUCUAUUAGAUUAUUUCCUCCGACUGCUAUUCUUGGUCUUGCUUUCAGUAUAACGUAUUAGUUUUUUCGUGCUUCUGAUUUUAUAGAGAAGUGACGAUUGUAAAUACCGGUACCGUACUUCAAGUGGGCGACGGCAUCGAUUAGAUUGGUUUCUCCGAGUGUUAUUCUUUUUCAGUAGAUUAGAUUGGUUCCUAUGUCUGCUCUAUAUAUGUCGCUCUAUAUAUGUCUGCUUAAGUUUUCAAAGUGAUCUGAUGUAUUAUUUGAUUUAUAUUAAUCGAAGAUUUCAAUUUAUUUUCAGGGAACUGUUAUUCAAGGUUUUGUUCCAGCCAGUCGAGUAGGGACAUUUGAUCUGGUAGCUGGUUCCGUCUAUAAGCUCAGCAAUUUUUUCGGAUGCAGGGACAAAGCUCAUUUCUCGGUUGCUGAUCAUAUCGCCAUCGUCUCAUUCAGUUGGAAUUCUGAUGUAUCCAUUCUUGAGAACCCUCCGUUUCUGAUUCCAGAAGACAGGUUCAGGUUCCACAGCUUCGAGGAGUUUAUGGCCAAGUGUGAUUCCAAGGGUGAUCUUUACGGUAAGUCAUGUUGAACUAUGGUUGGUCUUUAUGCCUGAAUUUUUAGUUUAUAAUUUAUCACCUCCAAUGAUUAUUAUUCAGUUGAGUUUUGUUAACUAUUUACAGUAUUAUUCUGUUGAUUUUUGUUGACUGUUUAAUUAUUCUAUCUCAGAUUAUGUUGGCCACAUGAGGCUGGUGAAUGGGCAGACUCUCACUGACCAUAUUGUUCUUGACGAAGUUGCCAUAGCUGAGAAGCGGCAUCUAUGUGUUCAUGUUCAGACACAUGAGUAAGUUUGUCCAUUUAUUAGUUGUUUUCGUUGUGUGUUAUAUUUAACACGUAAUGUUUGCAGACCAGUGAUGAAGCUCUAUCUAUGGGAUAAUGCCGCAUCUGAGUUUUGCCAGAAAUUUAAAUCGUAUGGAAGGACCCCACACGUUCUUUUGGUCACCACAGUGAACCCUAAGCAUCUUGGAGAAACCCUUUGUCUCACUUCUAUGUCAUCAUCUCGAGUGGUCAUGGAUGACGAUGUUCAGCCUAGCAAGGAUUACAUUGAAUGGUUGAGCUCCAACACAGGUAGUGCUAAUAGGAUUGCUGCUGAGGUAGUCACAAAGCCUGAGAAAGUGACUCUUGAGGAGCUAUUCUCCUACAUUAAGCAGGAAGCUUCUAAGGUUGCUUAGUUUGAAUGCACAGCAACUAUAGAUGAUGUUGUCCAGGGUUCUUCUUGGUAUUACGUUUCCUGCGGUGGAUGUAAUAGUAAGGCAGUUAAAGGCCCUACUUCUCUGAUGUGCAACAACAAGAAGUGUGAGAAGAGUGAAGUCACAUGUGUGCCUCAGUACCUCACGAAGAUUUCUGUUUAUGAUAAGAGUGAGCAAGCAGUUUUUGUCAUCCUUGGUAAUGCCAGCAAGGAGUUGACGGGGAAACAUGCAGCAUAAUUGGUUGCUAAUUUCUUUUUUGAGGUAAUGUUAGACCUGUCUAUAAAUAGCAAAUAAUUUUGUAUUAUAGCAAAUUAGUUAGAACAUCACCUAUUCAUGCAUUUAGUAAAGGUUGUAUUAUUUGAACUCACGUAUGUUUUUACUUGAUUUUUAGUCUAAUGAGGGAGCAUGAGCUGACCAUUGCGUUCCGGUUCCGCAAGCUUUACUUGAUACAAUAGGGCAGACACGAAAGUUCAUCGUGAAAGUGUCGGACCAUAACUUGAAAGGCAAGACUCAGACCAUAACUGUCACAAAGAUACUCCCACCAGAAGCUCCACUUCCAGCAACGUCCGAUGAUAUUCCGACGACUAGGGGUGAUGGAUCUGCUCCUUCAGCGGCUUUGCAGAUCCUACGGGUGAUGGAUCUGCUCCUUCCAGCGGCUUUGGAGAUCAUGUGGGUGAUAGGGCUAGAAAAGCUGCUGAUAGUCUUGAGUCAGACGAUGACAAGCGUUCCAAGAGUGGCUAAUAUAGCUUCAACUUAUCUUCUUAUUGUUUUUGCGUUUCUAUAAAGACUUUGCCUUCUUUCCAUUUUAAUCUUCAAACUUUUGUCUUUUUAUGUUUAAGUUAUUCUGAUACAAUUUUCAUUAUAUGGUUUUUACUUAUCCCUUUAAGCAUCUACUUAUCCUAAUAUGAUCUUUUAUAUGUUUUUUCCUAUCACUUUAGGCAGUUCACUUUAGAAACAUACGAUUAGGAAUGUUGAUAACUUACGAUUAUCCUUGAACUUGGGGAUAAACAUCUGAGAAUGUAUGCAUAAUCUAUUAGUUAUAACCGUAUAAGCUUCACUUACUGAUGUGUGGAUUCUAUUUUCAUGUCCCAAGUUAUUUUCAUGAUUUUUUUUUAGUUUAUUAUUAAGUAGCAAUUAUAAGGAUGAUAUACGGCUGAUUUUAGUAUCGAAGAGUUUAAUAGAUUUAUAUCAAAUUAUUUUGAGAAUAUCUAUUAACCAUAUUUGUAAAAUCAUUUCUUUAAUAAAAGGCAAGUAUUCACGAGAAUCAAGCCCUUCUUCUUCUCUCUACAAAAAGCUAAUAUGCCUUUUCUAAAACACAAAAAAAAAGACCUGCACAUAAACAUAUAUGGCAAUUAGAUAACUAAUCUCCAAUCUCACACUUAAUAAAGAUAUUCGCUAUCAUGCAUUUUAGGAAAUCUGCAACAAUACGUUUAAUAUAUAGACGUUUGUUUAGAAAGUAACAAUACUCACCCCAUAUAAUUUAUUACGCAGGCAUUCCAAGCACCUCUCUCAGAUCAAGAGCUUCUCUCCCUUUCUCCACUGCUCACCAGAUAGGUACCCUGCUCUUAUUCUUCCUCAGCUAAUAUAAUAUUUGUAUUCUUUAAGUAUACCUCAUUCUUCGUAGUACAUAUGGAUCAUGUGUUUUCUGCUAUGUAGAAGACCAUUUCCAAAUUGUAGUAUGAUACCAAACCGUAGAGGAUGUUAAGGAUGUUCCAAACCAAACCGUUUUUCCUAAUUUUAUAUAUGUGAUCUACUGGAAAAUCUUAGAACCAUUUAGUAUCCUAGAGUUUGAUGGCUAAUUUGUUUGAUAAUUGUUUUAGAACCAUUUAAUACCCAAUUGGUUGAACUGAUAAUAUAACAAUUAUUCUCCAUACGAGUAUUGUGUUUGUUUUUCAGCCGAACGAGGAGUUGGCAAUGACGCCAAAAUUGGUUCGUAUAUGUCGGAUGUGGUAAAUUUUUAAUCACAAAAAUAAAAACGAGUAUCUUGGUACUUCAUUCCUUUGUAUUGACAUCAAGGUAUGUAGUAUCUUAAUUAUUUAUUAUAAGAAAAAUAGAAAACAAAUACAAUUAUUAACAUAAUGAAAAUAGGGGGAGACAUACGAAGGCAAGAUUAGUAGCAGAAUUCCAGUAGAAACAACUCAGAUCCUAAAAGAGAAUAAGAUAUAUCAAAUUCAGUAUUUCUCCCUCUUACAAAAUAAUCAACGGUACAAGCUCACUACUCAGCCAUACAUUAUUCAAAUCAACGCAUGGACAAAGAUUGAUCGAAUAGAAGAAGAAAUCCCGAUAAUGCCUCAUAACACAUUCCAUCCUCUCCUAUACAAACAAUUUAUCAACCUAGCGACUGCUACAAACUACUUACCAGAUGUGGUCGGGCAAAUAUUAUUGAUUCAAGGUACCAAUAUCAAAAAUCCAGUUGCAACAACAAAGGUAGUAAUUUGUGUACUGCUAAGCAGGUCAAAAAGGGUUCGCUUGACCCUAAUGGACAAUGCAUCUGCUCUGUUUAGAGAGUUACAUUGCAGGACAGACUUGAAACACGAAGUCGUAAUCAUUACAAGCAUCAAUCCCAGAGUGUGCAAAGGAAAGCUGAUACUCACGUCAACACCUGCUACCCGCUUUUACUGUGACAGUACUAUUGAUCUUAUACGAAGCUUCAAUCAGAGGAACAAAGUUAGUAAUCACUCAUGAGUGAUCAACUAGGCUUUGGUCUAUAGUCUAUAACAAUAAUUCAUUUUCAUGGUUUAAAAAGAAGUUUGUUGCUUUUUAUGAAAAUUUAUAAAACUUUCUAUGAAAAAGAUUUAUAGAACUUUUAUCUACGGCAUUUUUUCUCAUGUUCUAUUUUUCUUUUGCUCAUUAAAAAUUUAAUUGAUACCUAUCGGUGUGUAUUUAGAUUUUUUAUUCUUUAUAGCCCGUAUUUUAUGUUAUUGUAUUUUAUGAUUACGUUAGUAGUUUUAAAUUGAUUUUUAUACCUAAUUGAAACGGAACCAUAUUUUAUAAUUAUGUUUUUAAAUUGAUUUUUAUAACUUCUUUACUAUUCAACAUAUAUUAUUGUUGUAACGUAUGGUGUAUUUAAAAGACUUAUAGAAAAUUCAUUAUUUCUUGGGUUAUAUAUUAAUGCUCCCAACAAAGCUUCACUGUUCUUCUUUGUAUUGCUGAUAACCAAGAAUAAGAUGUGGUUGUGGGAUAGUAAUUCAUGUAUUUUAUAUUGUAUAAUUUACUAAAUUUUUAGUGGUUAGUUUUUUGAGGAAAAGUUAUAUUGAAACCUAAUUAUCUACACAAACAAAUUAACUUAUAACGAAAUUCUUUGGAUAGUAAGAGUAUUAUAGAGUCAUAUUAUGUGACAAUACAUUUUUGUAAAGGAAUUAAAACCCACACAGACUUACAAAUACACAUGAUUUUAUUUUGAUACAAAAUCAUAUUAAAUCUCAUAUUUACAUGCGAUAUAAACAACUGAUAAAGCAGUCCAGACAAUAUUUAAUAUAUAUGAAAAUAUAUAUUAGACAUAUAUUAAUUAUCAUAAUAUCAUUUCUAAGUUUAUAUCAUUGGUUUCAUAGUUUUUAUAAAUAUCAAUUAUAAGCUUGAAAUUCCCAAAUAUGGAAAUGGGCUGGGCCAUUAGUUAAUCAAAACAAAAUAUAGAAACUGAUUAAAUACAACUCAAAUCGGACAGGCCCGGUAUAUUAACCGUACUUGGUCCAAAUUGUCAGUCACGUCAAGUUAGAGAUUCGAGAUUUUCUUCUUCCUUAGCGAGGGAAACCGGAGAGUCUUCUUCUUCCUUCACCCCACCGCUAUCUCUUUGAAUCUCAUCGCCAUGGCUAAUCAGAGCAGUUCUUCUACCGGUCGACGUCGGAGGUUCAGUGAAGUCGGCUAUUCCUUCGGAGAAAACUAUUGUUACCGAGAAGAAGUUCCAUUCGCAUCAUUCGAGGAGCGUCUCCAACGAAGCCGACGUCUAUUCCCCAGCACUGUUCCGAUCAUCGGAGAUAAAACUCACCAUUUUCCUAAUAACGAAGCCGCUACCGGGUAUCGUUGUCUUUCACUCAGAGGCUUUGUAGUUCAAGGUUCAUUAGAUCCUAAGGAUCACUCUUUAGAUGAGGCGUUUAGGAUUAUCGAUAGCGUAGGAUGGGCUUACACUGUGAUGCAUGUGCAUCCAUUCUGUCCUAGGGUUGUGAGAGAGUUUAUCUCAAACCAACCCUUUGAUGAUGAAGGUGUUCUUAUUCGGGGACACGUGUUCCAGUUUAGCCCUUCGGUGAUCGAUCGAUUGAUGAUGACACCAUCAGUUACUCAGUCUUUUGGGUGGAGGGACGUUGUUCUGAAGCAAGCUAUCUCACACCUCACUGGAGGCGAAUGCUUCGGAUGGACGGGAUUCAAUCUCAACGCUUUGCUCAAACCGUUCCAAGCUCUUUAUCGUGUUUGUGAACUGAAUUGGCUUCCAGGUCCUGAGACUGAUUUAAUGAUCAAGAAUCGACUACGCCUUCUAUAUGCUGUUGCCGAACACAAGCCAAUUAGCUUUGGCCAUCUUGUGUAUGAUCAAGUGAUCGAGAUGACCCGCUUAACAGACUCGGACACGAAUUUGGUUUUUCCAAACUUCAUCUACCAACUCUUGGUGCUUCAACAUGAGGUUCCUUUGUUACCAAGUGACGAGGAAGCAAUUGGAAGAGGGCUCCCUAUCCAUGGUUUUACAGAUGACACAAGUGGACGAAGAGGACGUAGGAGGCUUAAUUAGUGUAGUAGCCAUCUGAUUUUUUGCUAUGUCCAUAGUCUUUCAUGGUACUUAAUUUUUUGUUGUGACUAAUACAUGUUCUUUUUGUUAUCUAUGUAACGGUUAUGUUUUAGUAUGGUUUUAUUGUCUAAACCAAAAAUGUAUAAAGUAAAUUAUUGGCCCCUAUGGAAUGUGAUCAGUGGUGUAUUCAAAAUCUUUGAGAUGUUUGCCCAUGUUGAGUUUUUGCUCAUUAAGUUUUAGAUAAUGUUGAACCAUAUCCGAGUCUAUGUGCUCUUAUGUACGACUUAUGUUAUAUCUUUGCUUUAUUCUGUUAUGUGUUGUGGUUUGUGUUUCUUUAACUCGUGUGGCUGGCUGAUGAUGAGUCGAAUAUAUAUAUAAUAGAUGUUACAGUUGCUUAAGUUUAUUAAAAAAUUAAGAUAAUUAUAAUAAUUCAAGAUAUCGUAUUGGUCAUAGGAGUAAUUUAAUCGGACACAAACACUAUCUCAUCUUAUGGGGGUAUUGGCUUUCCGUAUUGGAUUUCAUAUUCUUCAACUCUUUCUUUGUGUUUACAAAGAAAUAUUCAAAGGCAUUCCUCCCCACAAAGAUAUUUCUAAUUAAAUUAGUAGUUUUCACUCCCGCCAUUUCUCAGAAGUCUUCUGAUAAAAUAUUAUAUUCACAGAUUUACAAUUUCCAACAUAUCAAUUAAGCGAUGAUACAAUCAAAUAAAUAAGGGAUUUACACGGAGUUUUUUUCAUCAAAUAAAUAAGGGAUUUACACGGAGUUUUUUUCUCCGGCUAUGCCAGGUAUGAACCUUUCUAUACAAAUAACAAUACUAUUGUAUUUACCUAAAUUUAUGCUAACUACUUAUUCUUAACCAAUUUCAGGCUAUUUCUUUCUUAUGAGACACAACGCAACUUCUGAUCUACAAAAGACUUAAUCUGUUUCUCACAUUAUUUAUGUUUACUUACCUACUUUUUUUUUGUUUUUAAGCAUUUGCAUGGAUUCGAUAUUCACCAAUUUUCCAAACAUUUAGGAAAAUACAAUGCUUCCAUUCCAAACAAAAACAUUGAAACUUAUAAUCGAAAAUCGACUAUAAACACACUUUUCGGCGCAUCGCGCGGAGAGAGAAACUAGUUUGUAUAAUGGGCCGUGGUUAUGGCACACAAUAUAAUAAAGGCCAAGUUGUAAUUAAAAUGGUAACUUGUAUUAAUUAUCUCCCGUUACUAUAUAUAUAACGUUGGUCGAUGAAUGUCAUAAAAUGUAAUUUUCCUAGUAACUAAAGGAUUCUUUCAAAAGGGUUCUGAGAGAGGCUGAGAGUCUGACACAUCAGGAUGAUACUAUAAGUUACAACUUAAACAAUGCUCUUCAAUUAAUAUAUAAGAGAUACCUAUAGUUUUCGUAUAUUAUGGAUUAUCUUAGAUAAAAGCUUGUACUGCCACUCAAAGUGAAGAGCAAGCAGAAAGUAAAACGGUUCAUUAGAGGUUGAAAAUGGAUUACGAUCUAUAACAUUUUCAACUUAUCUAUAUUUGUACUCGAGUAUUACUUUCUGGUAAUUGUUUUUCCUAUAUAUUAUGUGUCAAAUAUUGGCAUCUGGACAGAGCCAUGGCUGACUCUGAAUUUCCUCAGCUCAAAAGAUCUCGUGGUCCAAGAUUUAUUUCUGCCAAAUUCUACUGAAUGGGACCUUCCUGUUAUUAGACGCACUUACCUCAGUAUGAGGGUUUGAUUUUGAAGCUCUUAACCCGAGCUCACCUCGGAUGAAAGAUGAAUAUGUUUGGCUCCCAGAAAAGAAUGGAGAUUAUUCUACAAAGUCAGGGUAUUCCCUUUCAAAGCUCAAUGCUACUCCAGACAUAGACCUCACAUUUAAUUGGAAGCAGAAUAUUUGGAAGUUGUCUACCUCACCUAAGCUCAAGCACUUUCUCUAGAGAGUUGGAAAUAAUGCCCUCUCGGUGGGAUACAAUCUACGGGUUAGAGGUAUUGAUGUGGAUGAUAAAUGUAAACGAUGUGUCAUGCCUUGAUAAGGUUCCGGCAUCUUACAAACCUUCAAGUAUAGAUUGCACCACGCCAUCUCUAUUGCUCCAAUACAGUGGAAGAGCGGGCUGCCUGCCUGCCUCCCACAGGAAUUGUCUCUCCGCUUCAUCCCUGGAUUUUCUGGUAUUUAAGGGCUACCCGUAAUAAACUCAUGUUCGAAAAUAUUAGCCUAACGGAGGAAGAGGCUCUUCUAAGGGCCAUCAAAGAAGCUAGAGGAUGGCAGGAUGAACAGAAGCCAAACCGUAUCCUCACACCCCAAUCCGAACAGCCUCGUAAGUCUCGCUCUACCCCUAUAGCAUCUCCUAGGGAUGUUUAAACGGGUCACAUGCCCGCGGGCCUAGCGGGCCGAUUGUAGGGCGGCGCCCGUACCCGUUUAGUUACACAUGCCCGCGGGCCUAGCGGGUUUACCCGCGAAUAAAAGGGUGCCCGUUUAUUUUUAUUUCUUCUUUUGAGAGUAUAGAAACGGCUUCGUAUUGUCUUAGGGUUCCUUUUGAUCUCAAAAUAUACGAAUCUUGUUGCCGUCAAACUCAGAAACAUAUGAUACUAGGAUCGGCCCGCGCUACGCGCAGAUUUGGAUUAUGUGUCAUUUUCCUUUGAACCGAAUCGUAAAAGCAUUUUUUGUUAGGUAUUCUUUAGUUUCAUACUGUAUUGAUUGUUUUACAUUAUGAGAUAUUUGAAAAAAAUGGUGGACUUUUCGUCGUUAGAUAUACAAGUUCAAACGUAUGUGAGCUGUAUUUUAUAGGACUGUUAGAGAUAUUGGGUUAUCACGUUUGUUAAUGUGGCUUUGUAUGAGCUUGACGAAAGUAUGUAACGUUUUUAAGUAGUCAAAUAUGUUGUUGGAUUAAUUUAUUUUUUAUUUUGUUAUCUUAGUCUCGGUUUAUUAAUAUCUUAUCGACCAAGCAAUCAGUGAGUUUUAUAUAAUUUUAGUGCAGCGUACUCCUACCUAAUAGUAUAUUUAUAAGGAUGUUUUUUAAGAAAUUUGCAUAUGUUUCUAUUUGUUUAAUUUUUUUAUCCAUACCAAUUUUUUUUGACAUUUAAGAAUCCAAUAAGAAAUAAAUGUUAACCUUUAGUAUUAAUUUGUAUUGCUUUUAAAAGACUUCUUAAUAACUGGAGAAGGAAUUUGAUGUGUUUCAUGGGAAAUUGUAGAACUCUAUAGUUGAUUUGUUUUAUAUGAUAUUAGGGUUAAACCCGUCCUACUAACGGGUAAGCAAAUGAAAAACAACUUAAAAUAGAUUAUAUUUUAAUAUACGUGUACGAAUAUUUGGUUUGCUUUAAAC